UAGGGAUUUGGGCUAGUAUGACGAUCUCUGACGGCACUGUGGCUGCUAAGGGUGCUAUAAGGGAGGCAGGUAGCUGCGGGAUGUGUGUGGCAUUGGCGGCGAUGUUGGAGACCCCACCAUGGCUGCUGUCAGGAGCAAUGAAUUCUGCUCGGGCCCACGAGACAUGGUGCCACAGACGAGCUGUGUACCAGAUGUAUAACGGGAGCAAAAUGCCAGACAAGAAGUUUAUAGAUGAGAUGGUGAAGGCCCACAAUGAGUACAGAGCAACUCACCAGGCCCCACCAUUAAAGCAUGCCCAAGAUCUUACAGACUACGCCCAGAAAUGGGCGGACCACUUGGUGGCCACAAACUCCUUCAACCACAGCCCAUGUGACCUCAAAGGUCAAAGGUUAGGGGAAAACAUCGCCAUGAAGUAUGACUCCAGUAUGACUGAAUAUACUGGUCAGGAUUGCACAGAUCAGUGGUACAGUGAAGUGGCCAAGCAUACAUUUGGAGGCAGCAAUGGCAGCAGUGGAACAGGCCAUUUCUCCCAAGUUGUGUGGAAAGGCAGCAAGGAGGUGGGUGUGGGGAAGGCCCAGGACAAGAGUGGCAAGUACAUCGUGGUGGCCAGCUACCGUCCAGCCGGCAACAUGAUGGGCGACUAUGCAGAGAACGUGCUGCCACCCCGGGACGGCAAGAUCAGGCUCCCAGUACAGAAAGACAAGGAAGUGAAGCCAUUCAGUGGCAGGUUCGAGGAGGGACGCAGGGGGGGAGGGGAGCAGGGGGCCACCGGGGGCACCGAGAAGAAGACUGUGAAAACAACCACCAGGACAGAGGGUGGGGUAACAAAGACCAUUGUUGAGGAGACGGUCAUCAAGCCAGAUGGUUCAAAGGUCACCACCACAAGGGAGACAACAACAACAGCAGGAUCAACAUCUUUUAAAGGUGACACCGGUGUGGCCACCCUCAGUCUGCAUGAUGACAAGAGUACAAAGGAUGGCAAGAGUAAGCAGGGCCACUCCAGCUCCUCGGAUGAAGACACCAAGAAGAAACCCCAGAAGAUGAGUGACUUCAUUGAUGAGGCUGUCAAAGUGCACAAUGACCUCAGGGCCAAGCACGGAACAGGAAAACUGAAACAUGCCAAAGAUUUGUCAGCAUUUGCUCAAAAGUGGGCGGAGCACCUUGCGUCCAAAGAUCUGUUUGAACACAGCGACUGCAUGCUGGAUGGAGAAAGGCUUGGUGAGAAUGUCUGCUGCAAAUGGUCCUCGGCAGGGGCGGACUACACAGGUCGUGAGGCAUGUGAGCAGUGGUACAGUGAGAUCAGCAAGCAUGACUUCAGCUCCGAACCCCGAUCACUGGGCUCGGGUCAUUUCACCCAAAUGGUAUGGAAUGGAUCAAAGGAAAUGGGAAUUGGCAAGGCAAAAACCUCUAAAGGAAAGUGCAUUGUUGUUGCCAACUACCGACCUGCCGGCAAUAUUGUUGGCCAUUUUGUUGAAAAUGUUCCACCAUUGAAGAAGUAGACAAUCUACUUUUUUCUUUUGAAUAAGAUUUUUUAGACUUUGUUUUUAUUUCUUUCUAUUCAGCUUUCUGUCUAUAUAUACAUUGUUUAUCAUAUACAUUCCAUUUUGUUUAGAAUAUGCAUUCCAUUUUGUGAUAAAAAUAAGUUUAAUUUACUAGUGAAUUCGUAUAUAAAUAUAACCUUGUUUACCAUAUGCAUUCCAUUUUGAUUGAAAAUUCUGUUUAAUUCUAUGCAGCAAUUGUUUUGAAACAGAUAUCUAUGUUUGAUAUCAUAAUUUUCAUUUCCAUGAUUUAACAUUUAACAAUGAUUUAUAAUCAUUUUUAUGAGGCUUUUUUAUUGACAUUCAUGUCUUAAUUGUUAUGUUAUGAGAGUUAUUGUCUUAUUCUUGUUGAUGUAACAACGUUUUCAUUGUUUUUCUUUUAAUUAACUGUAUUCUUACUGAAGCUUUUAAUAAUAAUAUACGAGUUGUUAUAAUAUUCAAAUAAAACAGUAAAUGAU